CGGCGUGGGGCCAUUAUCGGUCCCAUGGCUUUGACCAGCUGUCCAACACAAUUAACAUCUGAUCAACCUUGAACCUUUCUUUUUCUUCGAGUCCGGGAAUGGACCACAGUCCCUCGUUAUUGUUCGCUUUUAUUCUCUCCUAUAACAGCUCCUUCAAUGCAGCUUCUGCUACCGAGACGCCAUCGAAACCCCCUAUAACGAACGACCGAACGACCGAACGCAUCUCUCUUUCAAAGCAGUACCUACCUGCCUACCUACUCCCUACCUACCCACCCGCACAUGGCCGACACCUGCGCCGGGGACGGCGCUACAACUUGUUCGCCUCCGAACAACUUCUUCUCAAUGGAAAACCGAUUCUUUAAAUACGCCAUCCUCCAGAUCCUGUUCCUGGCACCGCUAGCAACCUUUUUCUUCUAUCCCCUAAUAUGGCGGACAACCGGCUCCCUCCUCGGCUGGUACCUGCGCAAGAAGACCGACGGACGCCGAUGCCAUAUACUCGAGCUCGUAGAGGCCGACGAGAAGGAAUACCGCGAGAGCAGGAGUAACAGCACCAGCAAGAGUGGCGGGGAAUCCGGGGAGGACGGUGAAUGGGAGAAGGUGGACGCUUACACAAUCGGGACGUCUAAGAACGGCGAUAAGGGCGACCGCGAUGAAGAUUGGGAUGGCAUCGUGGGCUUCUUCCACCCGUUCUGUAAUGCCGGCGGCGGCGGAGAGAGGGUCCUCUGGGCCGCUAUCCGAGCAACCCAGCAACGCUGGCCCAGGGCCAAGUGCGUCGUUUACACAGGUGACCAUGGCGUAUCCAAAGACGCCAUCCUCUCCCGGGUGAAGAACCGCUUCAACAUCCACCUCCACCCUCCGACUGUCAACUUCCUCUACCUCUCAACCCGCCACUGGGUCCUCGCCUCCACCUGGCCGCGCUUCACCCUCGCCGGCCAAUCCCUCGGCUCGCUCGUCCUCGCCUGGGACGCCUUCUCACUCCUAGUCCCCGACAUCUUCGUCGACACGAUGGGCUACGCCUUCGCGCUGGGGCUAUCCAAGUUCCUGUUCGGCAGCGCCGUGCCCACGGGCGCCUACGUGCACUACCCGACCAUCUCGACCGACAUGCUCGACUCGCUCAAACCGGCGGCAGGCGGCGGCGGCGGCGGCGCGGCCCCGCAGGGCGUCAACGCGGGGCAGGGGGCCGGGCUACGCGGCAAGCUCAAGCAGGCCUACUGGCGCCUCUUCGCGCGCGUCUACUCGCGCGUGGGCGCCUCCGCCGACGUCGUCAUGACCAACUCGACCUGGACGCAGGGCCACAUCCAGCGGCUGUGGGGCCCGCUGCGCAAGAGCCGGGCGGCGGCAGGUGCCGACAUCGCCGUGGUGUACCCGCCCGUCGCCGUCAGCGAGCUGGAGCACGAGGUCGAGGUCAGCCGGCCGAGCGAGGCGGGGCGCGAGAAGGUGCUGCUGUACAUUGCGCAGUUCCGCCCGGAGAAGAACCACCAGCUGAUCCUGCAGUCGUUCGCCGACUUCCUCAAGAAGGGCGGCGACGCCGCCCGCGACGCGAAGUUGGUGCUUGUUGGUAGUGUGCGCGAUGACCAGGACUCCAAGCGCGUGUACCAGCUGCGCCUGCUCGUCAAUGAGCUGCAGAUCCGCGACCGUGUCGAGUUUCAUUUGGAUGCGUCGUGGCCCGAGAUCCUGGACUGGCUGCGCCGCUCAUCGGUGGGUGUCAAUGGUAUGUGGAACGAGCACUUUGGUAUUGGGGUCGUUGAGUACCAGGCUGCGGGGUUGGUGGCUGUGGUGCACGAUAGUGGUGGACCCAAGGUUGAUAUUGUCGUGGAUAUCGAGGGGGAGCCGACUGGUUUCCAUGCGACGACCACGGCUGAGUUCGCCGACGGUUUCGAGAAGGCUUUGAGCCUGUCGGACCCGUACGCCGUUCGUCAGCGGGCGAGGCAGUCGGCCAAGAGGUUCACCGAGGAGGAGUUUGCGAGGCGCUGGACGGAGCAGAUGGAGAAGCUGGUGACGACGAGGAUGGGGAAGGAGAGGGCGUGAUGUGGUCGCUGGUUCUCGUUCCCUUCUCUGCGUUCCUUAGAAUAGAACAUGGAUACCCCUUUCCUAUCAUCAGAGUUAGGAGCAGGUGUUCGGUUUGCAUGGCAUGGUUUUGGU